GACAGCUGUUACUUGCAUAGCACAGUCGAUAGUGUACAGUUUUUUUGUUGAUUAUUCUUUAAGGUUUUUAACUGAAACAUCCUUUAGUUGUUAGCUGAAACGGUUUGUUAGGUUACGCAGUAAAUAAUCAUAAUGGAUCAGGUAAACAACAAACUUGGUCAAAGUGAUUCUCACGGAAGUGAAAGGGGAUCGAAAGUCGGAAGGGAUCGCAUUGAAAAAAUGUCCUCUGAAGUGGUCGAUACGAAUCCGUACAGUCGGCUGAUGGCCUUACAGCGUAUGGGAAUCGUUAAGGAAUAUGAACAGAUUCGUCAAAAAAGUGUGGCUGUUGUUGGUGUGGGAGGAGUGGGAAGUGUCACGGCCGACAUGCUAACCCGUUGCGGCAUCGGAAAGUUGCUUCUCUUCGAUUAUGAUAAGGUGGAGCUAGCGAACAUGAAUCGUCUCUUUUUCACGCCUGAUCAGGCUGGCUUGUCGAAGGUGGAAGCAGCGGCCAACACGCUCAAUUUCAUUAACCCCGACGUGGCUAUACAGACGCACAACUAUAACAUUACCACGGUGGAUAACUUCGAUCAAUUCCUUGAAGCAAUCUUACACGGCGGCGUAGAGCAGGGCAAACCGGUCGACUUGGUGCUAAGUUGUGUAGAUAAUUUCGAAGCACGAAUGGCGAUAAACACAGCGUGUAACGAACUAUCCUUACAUUGGUUCGAAUCCGGUGUCUCGGAGAAUGCCGUCUCGGGGCACAUACAGUUCAUACGCCCGGGUGAAACAGCCUGUUUUGCCUGCGCCCCACCGUUGGUGGUAGCCGAGAAUAUAGACGAAAAAACGCUCAAACGUGAAGGUGUGUGUGCGGCUAGUUUGCCUACAACGAUGGGUAUUGUUGCUGGGAUGCUGGUGCAGAACACCUUGAAGUAUCUGCUUCACUUCGGGGACGUGUCCGACUAUCUUGGCUACAAUGCGAUGAUCGACUUCUUUCCAAAAAUGAGCCUUAAACCGAAUCCAACGUGUGAUGACCGCUUUUGCGUGCAGCGACAACAAGAACAUCAGGCAAAACCAGCACGCGAAGCGGAAACGCAGGUAGCUUCCGAUACAGAAGCAGUUCUGCACGAGGACAAUGUUUACGGUAUCGAGCUAGUGGCAGAAGACGAGGCGGCUCCGGCUAGAGAUUCUCAGCCAUCGAACAGGUCGAUUGACCUUACGGGAGGUUUAAAAUUAGCCUAUGACGCACCAGUGGUUGCUGACGAUGCAUCUCAACAAUCAACUACCGACGAUGUAAGUCUCGAUCAAUUAAUGGCACAGAUGUCAAAAAUUUGAAUUCUUUCCUAAAAUCAAUCUGUUUUCGCUUUUGUGGUUCGUAUACUUCGUCUAGUAUCUAUAGAAUUAAGUAUCACAAGGACACUUCCACUAGUAUACAAUGAUUUUAUAGAUGUUUGAAACAAUCAAGUUAUAUUUUCACUGUUCUGUGGCUUUAGAGCCCAUAAGUUAUUACGAACGAAGUAAAAACAAGGUAAAGUUAAAGUUGAUAAUGAAGAAAAUUAUGGGUGAAAUAUGGGUCCGUCGGUAUGGACAUUCCCAUAUGAUCCAAUAUUUUAUUUACAGAAAUUUAGAUUGUUAGUGGUAUGCCAAACCAAAUAUUCUAGCAUUAAAAAGUAAUUGAACAAUAUACUAUUUUUUUAUAUUCAUGGAAAAAAGUAUACCCGAUAAAUUGUAGCAAAAUGCGGGUGACUCUAUAGAAACUAGACGAGGCGUACGUGUUUGCCAUCUAUGGCGUUUAGCACAGAAGCACCACGGAUAAAGACAUUUAAUAAGUAUUCCGUAAUCAAUGUUAACCAUUACUUCACGAACAGAAGAAUAUCAAUAUAACGUAUGCAUAAAAAAAAGGGACAAAUUUUCAUCGGCGAUAAGAAAGCAAACAAGUAAGAAAGUUGCUUGCGUUUUCCGUUUUUGCAUGAAAGGUGGUUAAAAUUUGUCUAUUUUUUUAAUGCAAACGUUAGAGCGUGACUUACACAUAGGGUAAAAAUUCUCGUAAGCCCUCAACGGGGCAGGCAUGACCAAACGGUCGCUACGCCACGAAGAAGUUAGAGUGUGACGCCGGACAUUCAAAAACAUGCGCAUUUUACUUUCAGUGGCUUAUUUCCACUCUUCUUUCAUCCGUAUAAUCUACCAUGUAGGCCGUUAUAACUCUAGUACGAUGGUUAUCUUGUGCUAUUUGUAUAUACAGAACUUAUGUUUGACUUUACAAUUUUUUUAAAUGUUUGUUUUGGAGAAAAUAAUGCCUCUUGAUUUUGAGUACAUAAUCAUUUAUGAAUAUUGCUGCCUUAUUGUAUUAAAAUAAAAUAGGUUAUUAUAUUCUUUGCUU